GCACGGCACACAUCAUCCUAGCAAACGUCCUUAUCCGGCUACAACUUUCGCGACGUCUGCGACAUCAGAAAACUGAGCUCGCCCCCUCUUGCCUUCCCUCCUCCGCCGGACCGCUGCUGUCCGCCUCCAACCCUCCAGUUCGACGCAGGCGGCGACGGCGGCGCGCCGAGAUGAAGGUCUCCGUGAAGACGCUCAAGGGAUCUAGCUUCCAGAUCGAAGUGGAGCCCACCGACAAGGUUGCUGCUGUGAAAAAGGUCAUAGAGAAUAUGCAAGAGCAGGCUUCCUAUCCAGCUGACCAACAAGUCCUUAUACAUCAAGGAAAGGUGCUCAGCGAUGACACCACAUUAGAGGAAAAUCAAGUGACUGAGAAUAAUUUCCUUGUUAUAAUGCUCAGACAGAACAAGGGAUCAUCAAGUGCAGCACCGGCUAAGACAACUGCGAAUCAGGCACCUCCUACUCAGACAGUGCCUGUUGUUCCACCUCAAACGUCAGCAGCCCCAGCUGCACCAGCACCUAUUGUACCUGUCAGUGCACUGGCUGCAACUGCUACAGCCUCAGCAGCUCCUGCUGUUGCUGUAUCCACCGAGGCAGAUAGUUAUGGUCAGGCUGCCUCAAACCUAGUUGCUGGCAGCAACUUGGAAGGAACAAUUCAAUCCAUUCUUGAAAUGGGUGGCGGGAUAUGGGACAGAGACACUGUACUACGUGCCCUGCGGGUUGCGUAUAACAACCCAGAGCGCGCUGUUGAGUACUUAUAUUCUGGGAUUCCUGAACAAAUGGAUGUUCCUACAUCACCUCCGAGUAUCCAGCCAGUCAAUCCUGUCCAGGCUGCACAAGCAGCUCAAACUGCAGCUCCAUCUGGACCAAAUGCUAACCCUCUAGACCUCUUUCCCCAAUCUCUUCCGAAUGCUUCCGCCAAUGCUGGCACAGGAAACCUUGAUGUUUUGCGCAAUAACGUACAAUUCCAAAACCUGCUUGGUUUGGUGCAGGCUAAUCCUCAGAUUUUGCAGCCAUUGCUUCAAGAAUUGGGUAAACAAAAUCCCCAGGUUAUGCAGCUAAUCCAGGAAAACCAAGCAGAGUUCAUGCGGAUGAUCAAUGAACCACUUGAGGGAGACGAAGAGAAUGAAAUGAUGCUGGACCAGAUGGCGGAUGCAGCUGAGACCAUUGCAGUGACUCCAGAGGAGAACGAAGCUAUACUUCGUCUUGAAGGGAUGGGCUUUGACCGGGCACUGGUCCUGGAAGUGUUCUUCGCGUGCAACAAGAAUGAGCAGCUGACCGCCAACUACCUCUUGGAUCACAUGCACGAGUUCGACAACGAUGACGGGCUCGGAGGGCCACCGCUAUGAGGGCGCUCUCGAUCCCUACAUCAUGCGAACGAAGGCUGUAGGGCAGUAGUAGGAAAACGUUUUGGGAUUCGUCCCGUCUGUUCGCUCACUCUACAUAUUCGUUUGGCUUUGCUGUUUAGUACAGAAUUUCUAGAUUUACGGACUUACUACUUGAUAUCCUGAUAUAGAGGUCACGGCCAAGCUUACUUUUU